CCUUAUCUUUUAGAAUGGAAAAUCCCAUUUUACAGAUAAGGAGAAACCCUUUGCGUAGUUUAACUUAGCUUCCCCCAGCCAUUAAUUCCUUCACAUUUUUCUUACACACACACACUCUCUCUCUCACUCUAUAUAUACAUAUAUAUAUAUAUAUGUUUGUCUGUGUGAGAGAGAGAAAGAGAAGAGAAAGAUUUAGAGUAAGAGUGGAGUGGAGUUUUGAAUUUGGAGUUAAUUAAUUAAGGAUGAGAGUGGCGGUGGUGGGCGGCGGCGUGAGCGGACUGGUGGCGGCGUACGCGGCGGCGGAAGGCGGGGCGGAGGUAGUGGUGUUUGAGAAGGAGGAAUACUUGGGAGGGCAUGCCAAGACCGUUACCGUUGACGGCGCCACGUCAUUGGAUCUCGGCUUCAUGGUCUUUAAUCGGGUGACAUAUCCAAACAUGAUGGAAUUGUUCGAAAGCCUCGGAGUAGAAAUGGAGCUUUCAGAUAUGUCUUUUUCAGUAAGCUUAGACAACGGUAAUGGCUACGAAUGGGGCAUCCGAAAUGCCCUCUCGGGUUUGUUUGCGCAAAAGAAGAACAUUCUUAAUCCCUACUUCUUGAAUAUGAUUCGAGAAAUUAUCACAUUCAAAUCUCAUGUCCUAAGUUAUCUCGAGGAGCUCGACAGCAAUCCCGAGAUUGGUCGCAGCGAAACGCUCGGAGACUUCAUCCGAGCUCGCGGCUAUUCCGAGUUAUUUCAGAAGGCUUAUCUUAUUCCAGUAUGUGGUUCGAUAUGGUCGUGCUCAAGCGAAGGAGUGCUCGGAUUUUCAGCGUAUUCUAUACUUUCAUUUUGUCGCAAUCACCAUUUAUUACAGCUAUUCGAUCGACCUCAAUGGCUCACUGUGAAAAACCGAUCAAAAACCUACGUCGAUAGGGUAAGAGAAGUGCUCGAGCGACGAGGUACCCAAAUAAGAUUGAGUUGCGAAGUGUUGCAUGUUUCGGCGAAUGAGGACAGUUGUUUCGUAAGAUGUAAGGAUGGGUUCGAGGACGUGUUCGAUGGCUGCAUAAUCGCUGCGCACGCUCCUGAUGCUUUGAAAAUGUUAGGGGACGAGGCGACGUUCGAUGAACGAAGAAUACUUGGUGCGUUUCGAUAUGCCUACAGUGAUAUUUACCUUCAUCGCGACGAAAGUUUGAUGCCCCGAAACCCGGCAGCGUGGAGCGCUUGGAACUUCCUCGGAUCUGUAAACGACAAAGUUUGCGUAACGUAUUGGCUCAACAUACUACAGAACAUUAGUGUUUCAGGGCAUCCUUUUCUGGUGACACUAAAUCCGCCGUCUACGCCGGAUAAAACUCUGCUUAAGUGGUCGACUGGCCACCCGAUCCCCUCUGUCGCCGCAACGAAGGCUUCCUCCGAGCUCCAUCUCAUUCAAGGAAAGAGGCGAAUAUGGUUUUGUGGAGCUUAUCAAGGUUACGGCUUUCAUGAAGAUGGAUUGAAGGCAGGUUUGCAAGCUGCAAACGGCAUUCUACGAAGAAACUUGGCGCUCCGAAAUAACCCUAAACACAUGGUACCAUCGUGGCUGGAAACCGGAGCUCGCCUACUAGUCACAAGGUUUCUCAAAAGUUUCAUCGCCACCGGUUGCAUCAUUCUACUCGAAGAUGGCGGCACCAUCUUCACAUUCCAAGGAGCGACAAAGAAGAGCCUCUUAAAAGUGUCUUUGAGGAUUCACUCCCCACUCUUCUAUUCCAAGGUUGCAAUGGAGGCGGAUUUAGGCCUCGCCGACGCCUACAUUAACGGGGAUUUCUCCUUUGUCGAUAAGAGCGAAGGUCUCCUCAAUCUUUUCAUGAUAUUUGUUGCCAACAGAGAUUUGAAAACUUCUGCCUCAGACAAUAUGAAGCGGAAGAGGGGUUGGUGGACGCCGUUGCUUCUAACAUCUGCGGUCGCCUCAGCAAAGUAUUUCUUCCAACAUGUGUCGAGACAGAACACGCUCACUCAGGCGCGCCGCAACAUCUCAAGACAUUACGACCUAAGCAACGAACUCUUCGCUUUGUUUUUAGACGAAACGAUGACAUACUCUAGCGCAAUCUUUAAGGCUCGAGGCGAAGACUUGAAGAUUGCACAGCUCCGAAAAACUUCUGUACUAAUUGAAAAGGCAAGAAUUAGUAAACAUCAUCACAUUUUGGAAAUAGGAUGUGGCUGGGGAACCUUGGCGAUCGAAGUUGCUAAACGAACCGGCUGCGACUACACGGGCAUCACCCUGUCCGAACAGCAGCUCGAAUAUGCUGAAAGAAAAGUAAAAGAAGCUGGCCUUCAGGAUCGUGUAAAGUUCAUUCUUUGCGACUAUCGCCAGCUGCCCGGUGCCAAGAAAUACGACAGGAUCAUAUCGUGUGAGAUGUUAGAAGCAGUGGGGCACGAAUUCAUGGAGAAUUUUUUCGGUUGUUGCGAGUCUGUGUUAGCAGAAGACGGUCUGCUCGUUCUUCAGUUCAUAUCGAUACCUGAUCAUAGGUACGACGAGUACAGGCAAAGUUCGGAUUUUAUUAAAGAAUACAUAUUCCCGGGAGGUUGCCUUCCUUCGCUCAGCCGAGUGACAUCUGCCAUGGCUUCUUCAUCGAGACUUUGUGUGGUGCACCUUGAAGACAUAGGAAUUCAUUACUAUCCAACUCUCCGAAUUUGGCGAGAAAAUUUCCUCAAAAAUCAACGACAAAUCCAGGACUUGGGAUUCGAUGAAAAGUUCAUCAGGACAUGGGAAUACUAUUUUGACUAUUGUGCAGCAGGAUUCAAAACAUGUACUCUUGGAAAUUAUCAGGUAAUGUUUUCUUAUCCAUUUCAUCGUAAUCUUAUCUUCUCAGAAAUCUUAGUCUCGCGGUGUCUCGAUAGAUUGUUUUCAGUCGACCGGGAAACGCGGAGAUAUUUGGCGAUCCAUACAAGCCCGUGCCGGCUGCUUAUUGACAUUCUAUUCAUGGGAAGUUUUGAAGUUAAUGAGAGCUCUACUUCCUACUCAAAUUCAAGAACACCAAAAUUUCAAUUUAUUGUAAUAAGAUCGAUCAAGAGUGUACUUGCACCUUUUGAGUUUGCAAUCUUUUCGGCAAACAAAACCUGUUUGUAAUGGCAAAUCAAACUUCCAAUAGAAGAGAAGCAAAUAAAAGGUUUUCAUAAAAAAGAAUAAAAAUUAAAGUUUUCAUUAUGUAAA